AUGCAGGAUCAAUAUGCAGUGUUGGGUCAGAUUGUUCAGCAGCAGCAACCACAGGAAAGAGAGACCUGCUUGCUUAAGCAAGCAGAGGUAAGGGGCGCACCGCGCGAGAGUGACGGUUCCGGUGCGGCGCGAUCCAUUUCGCGAUUCCGACUCCAAUUUUUCAACGAAUCAAGUAGUAAUCGAGGCUGCACGAACGUGAAGCCUAUCGCUGCACGAACAUGCAGUGCUUCCGACUUGAACAAUAGGGCUUCUUCGGAGGUCCACACACGCGACACUGAAACUCGAAUUCAGACAGUUUCAAAUGAUUUAUCUUUCAAGUGUCUAUCUUUAGAGCAAGCUGAUUUUCUUUCCGCGACUUUUACAGAGGAGGAGAUUUACCUAACACUCUUAGGGUGUGAUGAUAAUAAAGCGCCCGGGCCUGAUGGGUUUAAUUAUUUUUUCUACAAAAAGGCUUGGAAGAUAUUGAAGCAUGAUAUUAUUGAUUUGUAUAUCAGUUUCCAUCAGUCAGGUUAUUUUUCUGCUGGUCUCAACACUGCUUUCCUGGUCCUUAUUCCGAAAAUGAGGGGUGCUUCGGACAUUAAAGACUUCUGCCCUAUUAGUCUGAUUAAUGGGAUUUUCAAGCUUCUUUCUAAGGUUUUGGAAAACAGUUCACAGGAGGAAGAGCAAAUUUUUCUGGUGAAACUGGACUUUAGAAAAGCAUUUGAUUCUAUUUCUUGGGAUUUUAUUCUAAAAAUGCUUGCUAGAUUGAAUUUUGAUAUUACUUGGAUCAAUUGGAUUGCAUCUUUUUUCAAAUCAUCCCAGCUAUCUGUUCUAGUUAAUGGAAGUCCAGGUAAAAAUUUCAGUAUGAAAAGAGGGGUAAGACAAGGCGAUCCUAUCUCCCCUAUGCUUUUUGUUCUAGCGGUUGAAUGCCUCAAGUCUCUAUUUGUGAAAGCUGCUUAUUUGGGUUUGAUUGAUGGUAUUCAUGUGGAUGAUUUUGCGGAGCCUAUUUCUAUUCUGCAAUUUGCAGAUGACACGCUUCUUUUUAUCCUUAAUAACAUGGAGAUGAUAAGAAAUCUUUUGAGAAUUCUUAGAUGUUUCGAGCUUGUUUCUGGCCUGGAAAUAAACUAUCACAAAUCUGCUAUUUUUGGUAUUAAUGUCGAUGAUGAUUCUCUUUCUGAAGCUUCUAGCAUUCUCAAAUGCAAAAUUGAUAAAUUUCCGACUUCUUAUCUUGGGCUUCCUCUUUCUCUGAAGCCAGUUAAGGCCAAGCAAUGGGAUCCUAUUAUUAGUAAUUUUUCAUCUCAAUUGGCGGGAUGGAAAGGAAAUCUUUUAUCUCCAGCAGGUCGUCUGGUUUUGAUCAAGUCAGUCCUUUGCAGUAUUCCGGUAUAUUUUCUUUCAUCUUUUUGCAUCCCUAAUUCGGUGGUUCUAUCUCUGGAGCAAUCAAUGCGUCGAUUUUUAUGGAGUGGUUCGGCUGUUACCACUGGUUUCAGUAAAAUCACUUGGACUGAUGUUUGCAUGUCGUUUGCGGAAGGGGGUUUGAAUAUUACUCCCUUGAAAAUAAGGAAUCAAAGCUUACUUUUGAAGUGGAUUUGGAAGUUAAUUGUUGCGGAUAAACUUUCUCUUUGGUUCAAGGUUAUUUCUUGUAGCUCGGGUUUGAAUUUUUGGUUCGAUAUUGAAGUUUUACAUGCCCGUAGAUUAUCCCAUUUGUGGAAAGGGAUUCAAUCUGUCUGUAUUAAAAAUCAUAUUAUUUGGCACAACGUCAAAUCAGGAAUUCAAAUCAGCAUGGGAACAGGUCUUUCAACUCGUUUUUGGGUUGAUUCAUGGGCUGCUAAUGAACCUCUUAAACUGCUCUAUCCAGGCUUAUUUACUCUUAAUAGAUUUCAGCAGCAGUUUGUGGCAGAUUUAUUUGAUUAUGAGCAGCAGGUCUUCCUCUUCUCUUGGAAGCGUCGGCUUCGUCUGGGUGAGCAGACUCAGCUAAGUUCUUUAGCGUCUUUGAUUGAAGCAAAUUUACCUACUUCCAGACCUGACCAAUUUUAUUGGAAUGGUAAGCUUUUCUCUCCUUCUGCUUUUGUUCGAACUGGGCAGCGUCUUGUGCAGAAUCAUAACUGCAACUUUGGCAGAUUUUGGAAGUACAAAAUUGCCCCUCGCAUCAACUUUUUCAUGUGGCUUUUAAAUCGAGAUAGGAUUUCAUCUAAUGCAAUGCUGGUUCGUCGUGGAGUUCUUACGGCUUCUAAUUCUUCUUGUUUGUUUUGUUCGGAAGAGGAGACGAGCAGUCACAUUAUUCUUCACUGUAGGUUUGCUUGGAAUACUUGGAAUUUAAUCCUGAAAUCAUGUAAUCUCCAAUGGGCAGCUCCGGUUUCGGUUCAUCAUUUUUUUCAUAUGUGGAGUUACUUUGGUAGCAAGCGUUAUCGUUCUCUCUGGCAGACUAUAUGGUUCUUUGGUAUUUGGGAGUUGUGGAAAGCGAGAAAUGCUAGAGUUUUCAGGCAUGAAAUAGUGGACAUCAACUCUUUGGUGUAUUCUAUUAUUUGCAAAGCGGUAAUCUUCUACAAGGAUAACAACGCGGGUUUUGAUUAUUCGGCUAAUGACGUUUUUAGAAAUUUGAAUUUAUUUUGUAACUUCUUGUAG